UGCACAACCCUAAAGUUAGCUGAACAUCCUGAGAACUAUUCAUAAAAGCAAAACAAAAUGGCAUUGGCUAUGUUGUUUAUUUUUCAAAAAUAUUAUACAAGUUGUUUUUAUUUACACUAAUUUAUUAACACAUUUUAAAUAUAUGAAAACCCGGCAAGUGGUGAUCAUUGGAAUAUUAUUUAGCGAUUAUAAUUUCAAAUUUAUUUGAAAUGGAUGAUGAAGGUUAUAAUGAUAGAUCCGAAAUCGGAAAACUAAUCAAAAAGUUGGAAAAAUUACGUAAAAAACCUCAAUUAGAUAACGAACUCAGUUCGGCUUUAGACAUCUUCAGGGACAAAGUUUCUCGCCAGAAGGCCUAUCUAAUCAAUGGAAUAUUUAAUAUUAAUUUUGCCGAAGCGGCACUUUUCCUACAGGGCUGUGCAGAAUUAUAUUCCAAAAAAAUUGACCUACUUUGGGAUCAGUUCCUGGAGCUGCACACUAGGCUGAUACAAUAUGAUUGUGAACAUCAGAAAAAGAAUGGUGUAUCUGUUGAUCGGGAUGUGGUCAGUAAACUCGAAGAGAGAAGAAAUCGCUUCAAAAGAAAGAAAAACUUCAAACUAUUAGAGGCAGAACCAGAAUCUGCUCCUAAAGCAGUUAAAAAAUCUGCUCCUGUAACGCCCGCGGAAGAUAUAGUGGUAGAACCACAAAAAGGAAACAUUUUCGAUGAUUUUUUAUUUCGAGAGCUUUCAGUAACUAAGGAGAAACUUUCGCCUAAGAGAGUAUAUUAUAAACAAUGGGUAGCUCUUCUAUCAUCUGAGUUUGAUCGCAAAUAUACACCAGAAGAUGUUGGAUUAUCCAAGAAUUGUCCGAGCACUAAGGAAGUUAGUCUGUGCAACGAACCAAUAGAAGAAUAUGAUGAUUUCGAAAUAUAUGAUCCGGACGACAAAGAAUACAACAUACAGUAUAACGAUGCACCUAAUUGUUCUUCCUUUACCUGGAUAUUCGAGGAAAAUGAUUCGGGUACAUUACCUGAUGAGAAUCAUUGUAUUGCAUUGUUGCGUCUUACCUGUUAUUUACGUGCGAAGUUUCUGCGGGACAAUAAUAUCCCUUAUAAUAGGCCUUACAACCAAUAUAAACACAAGUAUUUGCAGUUCAAGAGGGAGUUCUUCAAGGAAGAGGACAAACGAUGGCAGAACAUGCCCAUUGACACUCUGGCAGACCAACGGAAAAGGGACGAAUACAUGACUAAGUUGUUUUCCCCAUAUUGUAACACUGACGAAGAAAUCGCGAUAUUAAAACAGAAAGCCAAGUCAAUGGUUCCAUACAAAGAUUAUCAUCCGAUCAACGGAAAGGUUUUUCGGACUGGUGUCUACAGAUUUCUACCAUAUGUCGAAAGUGAUGCAUCCAUUUUGACAGUUUCUGAUUGCCAUGAUGAAAAAGACGGAAUCGCGAGUCAGUUAUUAGUUGAACUAGAAAAACUCUCUGAUAGUGUCUUUGAUCCUGGAGCCCUUACAAUUAAACAGGAGCCUGAUUCGGACGAUUGCUCGAAAGAAAUGUGUCAACUGGAACACAACAGGAAAAGUAUGAUUGACGAUGCUGUUAAGGCGAUUGGAGAAAUUGAAAAAAAUGUUGUAGUGAUAGAUGAUACAAUAACUGACGAAAAUAAGACGAAAGAAAAUUAUGAAAGUGGAAUUACUGAAUGCGAUGCACCUCAGAUUAGUCUAAAUCCAGAAGAUGGGGGAGGUGCGAUUGAAGCAAACAAACAGACGGGCAAUACUGAAUGUACUAAUACAGAAAAAUUAACAAGUGAUGAAAAUCCAGAAAAUGGAGAUGAAAACACAAACAACACUGAAGUUUCUACAUCUCAAAGUUCUGAUAAUCCAGAAAAUGGAGAUACAAAUACAAACAACACUGAAGUUGUUACAUCCCAAAGUUCCGCUAAUCCAGAAAAUGGAGAUACAAAUACAAACAACACUGAAGUUGCUACAUCCCAAAGUUCCCCUAAUCCAGAAUAUGGAGAUACAAAUACAAACAUCACUGAAGUUGCUACAUCCCAAAGUUCCGCUAAUCCAGAAAAUGGAGAUACAAAUACAAACAACACUGAAGUUGCUACAUCCCAAAGUUCCGCUCAUCCAGAAAAUGGAGAUACAAAUACAAACAACACUGAAGUUGCUACAUCCCAAAGUUCCGCUAUUCCAGAAAAUGAAGAUAAAACGAAAAAUACAGAAACCGUUAAUACACAAGAAAAUACUGGUCAUGAUGCUGUGGACAAUUCCGAUGUCAUAUCCAUAAUGAGUGAUCAUGAUUACUGUGCUGUACCACCAGAGCUAUCUAAUGUGUUAAAAGAAAGCACCAAGGAUAACCUACAAGAUGCUACUACUUCGUCUGAAACGUUUGUUCCUAUGAAUACUGCCUUAAAAAUCAUCCCUAGAACUGUUCGUCAGAAAACAGAGAAGGAAAAUAGAGUCAAGGACCCUUCAAUGGCACCGCCCCCUGCGAAGAGAAGAAAGUUGACCCAAAAACAAAUAGAGAAGCUGCUCACCAGCAAAGUAAAGCCAGUAAAAGAACUGAAAUUUGAAAAAUUCUUCUCUCAUAACUAUCAGCCUGGAUAUGAUGAAGGCGAGAUGCAAGCGGUAGAAUAUGAAUCAGAGGAAGAAACGCAACCAGAGAUUGUGAGACCCGUCGAAAAUAACACAAACGGAGAUGUUCAAUCAAAACCAUUUGAAGAAAAGUCGACAAACGAGAAGAGUACAUCUCAAGAAAUCGUUUAUUCUGACGACGAUUGUUUUGAUGAAGGAUUUGCAGGAUUUGCUAGACCUUCAGAUGCCCGCACACAAAGAAAGCGAUUUGAGAUAGAUCCUGAGCAUCAAGAACUCUACGAGAGAAAACUGGCUGAAUUCAAGGAACAGAGAAGGAGAGUAUAUGAAGCGUGGAAUAUCGACCCGAAAGACGAAGUAGAAAAGUAUCUAAAGCACGAGAAGGAGCAGCGGGAAUCUAAAAAACGCGUAAAAGAAUGGACGGAAUUCAUAACGCCCAUCCUAGAAAAAACCAGCGAAAAAGAUUUCGAUGUACACGAUUACGAGACGAAAAUCUUGGAUCAAAUGGAAAUAGAUGAGAGUAAGCAAUUCAAAAACUUGGUCAAUGGAAAACCUGCCGCAGAAGUAAUAAGGUUUUUUGUUGCCUCGUUGCAUUUGGCCAACACUGAAAAUAUAGAAAUUUCUGGUAGUAAAUCGGGAGAAUUAUCGAACGAUACGUUUUCCAUUAAAUUGCUAAAGCGUGACAGGUAUCACGAGCAUUUAGCACAGUACGAAGCACCUUCGAUAGAAAACUUCCGAGAACGAAUAAAAAGAAUGAGGGAACAACCGACUGUAGAAGUACCAGUUCAACCGAUUCAACCUGUCUGUAAACGUCAACGAUUGGAACGAACGCAAAAGAAACGGAAGAAAAAAUUUGUGGUGUCUUCCAGUGACGAAGAAGAAGAUUACCAGGCAAAUUCAUAUCAGAGUGUACGAAGCUCUAGAAGUUUUGCAGAUAGUGGCUACCAAACGAAUUCGUAUGAGAGUAGACGAAGCUCAAGAAGUACAUCAGAAGUUACUCAGGAAUCGUCUCAAAUUACCACCACCAUUGCAGAUAUACAUCAAACACCUGUGAAGUCAUAUCCAGCAAAAAGGUCGAAAGGUAGUGCAAGUCAUACUCCGAAGCAUAAUAAAGGUUUUGCAGAUAGUGGCUACCAGGCAGAUUCGUAUGACAGUGUACAAAGCUCACAAAAUAUAUCAGUUACUCAGGAAUUGUCUCAAAUUACUGCCAUAGCCGAUAUACAUAAAACACCAGUGCGGUCACAUCCAGCAAAAAAAUUGAAAGGCAGCACAGAUCAUACACCGACGCAUAUCAAAGGAAAGAGUAUACUGACUGGAAAUUCUUUCAGUGAAACCAGUACCUUCGAUAUCGAUGCUCAUUCGACGCCUUCAACAUGCAGGAGCGAGGAAGUACCAGUUGAACAAAUUCAACCGGUCUGUGGGCGCCAAAGUCUCGAUCGAAAGGAAAAGAAGCGGAAGAAAAAAUUCGUAGUAUCGUCCAGCGACGAAGAGGAAGAUAGUGGUUACCAGGCUGAUUCCUAUCAAAGUGUACGAAGCUCGAGAACUUUGGCAGAUAGUGGCUACAUCUCGAAUUCUUAUGACAGUAUACGAACCUCACAAAAUAUGUCAGAACUUACUCAGGGAUCGUCUCAAAUUACGACUACAGCUGAUAUACACCAAACACCUGGGCGGUCAUAUCCAAAGAAGAGGUCGAAAGGCAGUGAGAGUUAUACACCGAACCCCAUCAAAGGAAAGAAUAUACUGGUUAGAAAAUCGUUGAGCGAAACCAGUACCUUCGAUAUUGAUGCUCCUUCCACAUCUGGAAUAUGCAGGGCACCUUCACCCGAACCAUUGGAGACUCCCGUCCAAGAAGAACUUGAUCUAGAUCUUUCCUGGCUUAUAGAAAAUUCGGAAACAUCCUUCCACUCAACACAUUCGAAGGCAACGAGCUAGGCCUCCAGAGUCGACUUAACCUGAUGUUGCUGGGUCGUUUUUUGAUCACUAAAUAUUUUACUUCUGAGCGAACUAACUGUUAACAACCAAAAAGCAGUAAAAACCAGGGAUUUUUGUAAGCGAGUUGUUUUGAAAGUGCAAUUUUUAUGACAUAUUUUCAACAAGCGUGGUUUUUGUUUUAAAUAAAGAAAAAAUAGGCUUAACUCAGUAAUAGUAACAUAGUUGAUCGAAGCGAAUUACUCUUGUGAUAAAACUAUUGUUACUUGUGAUAAAACUGUGUUAUUUAUAAUUAUUUUUGUUGAAUUCUAACAUUUUUGUUCUACGAUGGCCAACUUAGGAUUUAUUUUCCAUGUUAAGCCAGAGAAGGUAACUGAAUACUAAAAACUGCAGUUGAUUCAAUGUAUCCGUUUAUUGAGGGCCCAAACUGAGGCUAUUUUGCACCGUUUGACUGUUAAGUGAGAUCUUUAAACGUGAUAUAAUUAUUUUUUAUGAAAUAAUUUCAGGGCUUAGAGGAAAAGUGUAGUGUGAGUGGCGUGAUUAUGGGUCGCCUGCAGCUGGUCAACUGUCAUCAACACGCCUAACUUCACGAACUUUGAUACGAAAAUUAUAAAAAAAAAUUUACAUUGAAAUCCAGAUCCCGUAAUUUGUUGAGCAUUAUAAGUGAGUACAAAGACAUAUGCUCCUUCUCACAGGCAUCUUUCAGUGCGUCACAGUUUUUCGAUUUCUUUUUAACGCAUUAAGUUGUAAGUGACAGAAAAAGGUACGUCCGUGAUUAAAAUCAUUUAUAACAUUUAUUCUAGUUGUUGAUAGAUGGCGCUAUAAUCGAACAAAAAAUGAUGUAUGGGGCUACGCCAAGUUGGUAUAUUAUUUUAAUAUAAUUGCCAACCAGUCCCUAGUCGGUGCGUUUUGAUUCAAUUCAGUCUUCUUACAAACCUCUCUGAUGACGGGUAGACCUAGAAACUCGUGUUAGAGGAUGGUAAUAGUCUCGAAUUGAAUUGAAACGUAAUUGUAUAUAUUUAUUUGGUAGCGUGAAGCUCGAGAUCUUCUCAGUGUAUGGGCUUGUUGGGACACCCUUUACCCGCGCACUGCAGUCUCGUCCCGAAUGGCAGUCAUCUUUUUUUCGGUUGUUAAAUCGUCUGUCUCUCAGAGGUAUAAGUAUAACCAGUGAAAUGGGGAGGUUGUAUGUCCGAGUAUUAAAGAAAAGGGUGGAAUUAGAAAUUCAGGACAUGGAAGAACAAAGUGGUUUUCGCGCCGGUAGAUCGUGCGCAGAUAAAAUAUUCGUGAUGCAACAAAUAAUAGAGAAAAGAAGAGCAAGGAAUCUGUCUACUCACCUAACAUUUAUUGAUCUGGAAAAAGCCUACGACACGGUACCUUUAAAGAAACUCUUUGAAAUUUUGACCACGAUAGGCAUAAGCGAAGCAUAUGUGUGAGCAAUUCAAAAUAUGCAUCAAAAUCCGAAAAGCUGUAUUAAACAGGGAAAAUCUAUGUCGAAACCAUUCCCUGUUACAAAAGGUUUAAGGCAAGGGUGCUGCUUAUCGCCAACACUAUUUAAAAUAUACAUCCAGAAAGCUCUGGAGCAAUGGAGGAAAACAGUUGCUGGGAUGGGAAUAAUGAUUGAAGAAAACUGCUUAACAACUUUGUUUUUUGCUGAUGACCAAGUAAUUCUUGCCAACGAUGAACAUGAUAUGGAUUAUAUGCUAAGAAAGUUACAGAUCGAAUAUGAAAAAUGGGGCCUAUGUAUGAACAUGGAGAAAACGGAAUAUUUGAGAAUAGGAGAGGAAACCGAAGAUCCGGAAUUAGAGUUAAGAAAUAUAAGGAAAUGUAAGGAAUAUAGAUAUUUAGGAAGCAUAUCAGAAGAAGGAACUACAAAAAGAGACAUACAGCAUAGGAUACAGCAAGGAAGGAAAGUAACUCGUAUUUUAAAUGGUCUACUAUGGUCUAACAAGGUGAAGCUGAACACAAAGUUAACAAUCUACAGAACAAUUGUGGAACCUAUUAUAACUUAUGGAGCAGAGUGUUGGCAACUCACAGGAAAGGAAAGAAAAAUAUAGAAGUAGCGGAAAUGGAUUACUUAACGUAGAGCAUGCAGAGUAUCUAGAUUAGAACACGUACCAAAUGAAGAAAUAAGACGACGGACAAAGAGUUUAUAUUCCACGGUUGACCAUAUAGAAACAAAGAAAUUGCUAUGGUAUGAUGGCCAAAAAGAGCAUUAAAUUACACACCCAUAAAUAGCCAUAAAUAGAAGAAGAAGAAGAGGAAGGCCUACAGAAACAUGGAAGAAAGGCAUAGAACAGUCUAUGGCAGAUAGAGCUAUUGACGAAAACGAAUGGGUGGAUAGAAAACGAUGGCGAGCGAAAUGUGGGAUGCGAAGGAGACCGUAGGAACCCCACUACUUAUAUAUAAAUCGUCUGUCACGUUUCAAUUCUUCAUCUUAUUUGUUAAAAUGUGCUUUGUUACUUCGCAAACGUAAAAAAUCAAAUCAUAUUGCACUUUUUUACAGUCGGUGACAUUUUAACGGCUCAUAGAAUAUUUUUCUAUUUGUGUUUAGUUUCUUCUUGUCGCACCAACGUGCUUAAUGCUGACCGAAGUUCUGCAGCGAUGAAAUUAAUUUUAAAGUUUUAAAAAUAUUUCUCUCUUGAAUAUACUAUUAAAAUUAUUGAUACAAAUUUAUUAUUCAUAUUGAUACCCGUUUAGAAUAUUUCCGUAUAAAAUUGCAUUUUCAAAGAUUCGCGUACAACUAAAAAUUUGUUAGAUGAUUAUAAUGUUAAGAUUUUUUUAAUUUUAAGAUUUAUUUUGUAUUAAUACCAAAACGUUAUAUGUUGCCAGGGUUUUAUGUAGUGAUAUGCUUAUUAUUUAAAAUUUAAAUGCUCGUGAACAACCAUUUUAUGUUUUUGAUAAAACGUUCAGAGAUGUUCGUGAUCAGGUCACAGUUUUAACAGGUUUUUACAGUGAAAAUUGAGGAGAAAUUACUAGAAGUGAAAAACUCCAAUAAACUCCGUAACAACGCUCGCAAGGGCACUGCUGCGUGUGUUGCCUGCUUUUACAGCUUCAUGAAUGUGUUGUAGCAUCGUGUUAGCAAAAUGAUGUCCAUGGGUCGUAUAUAACGUCCUUAGAAGUGGAGUUUUUCAAAUGCAGGUGUACUUCAGUUCAUUUUGGUCACCUAUUUCAUUUUUAAACGUAUUUUUAUUUUAUUCGUACUAUUUUAAGUAUUUGUAUAAAAUGGUUGUACAUGCUACGUGCUAUCUAGCUAAUUUAUUUAUGUUUUGUGGGAUUUUAAAUUUAAUGUAGGUGAUUCGGGUAAUUUACUAGCGCUAUUUUGUGAUAUUCAGUUAACUAUUUGUUCUUGCAGCGAGAUUCAUCUAACCUUUAACCAGAACUAAAGCAGUGGCAGUUAUAUAACAUUCAUUAUCUUAUCUUGGUCACUACUUACCACUAGGUUCAAUUGGGAUUGUGUCAGAAAACGUCAAACGUAUAAAAUUAUUAGCUUCAAUAACGACAAAAAAACUCUACAGAUUCAAACAAAAAACAUUAAAACAUUAAAACAUUAAAAAGAAAGAAGCAGGAAAAGCGACGAAAUACCCUAAAUAGCUUCUGAAAAACAUUAUUAAGUCCGACAUCAGAAGGAUGUUCGUCAAAAACGAUAAAAACUUGCCAAAAGCAAUGAAAAAAUGUCAGAAGUUUUAAAAAACUCGCUAAAGAGUAUUACAAAAUCGAGAAAAUGCCAAAUUCGGGCAAUAAAUGUGAAAGGUGAGGAAUCAGAGUGUCCAAUUCGAUAAAACAUUGUCUUAAAAGUUAAUACAGGGUAGCGAGAAAGUAUGGAAACACGGUAAUUGUCGGAAACCGCUUGAACGAUUGUUAUAGAUUCUGGUGGGUAAGGGUAUUCUAAUACGGCCGAUAUUAUAGUGGUAAUUACAUUGUUGUCAAAUCUUCCGUUUUUCUGGAAAUCUAAUGAACUUUCUUAUUUUAAAUUGAACACUCUAUAUAUUUUUUGCGUUUUAAAGUUCCUAAGAAAUACUGAUUAUUUUUUAUGUUAUAUUGCCUAUACCUAAAUUCCAUAAUUUCGAAGUUAUUGCUACAUUUAUUAAACAAAAAUAAAAUUGAAUAAAUUAUAAAAAUCAAUUUUUUUUGGCCCAGGUAGACAUUAUUUUAGGUUCUUUGGAUCAUUGGGAACAAAAAAGGUCUUUUGUAAUUUUCCUCAAAAGUUAAUCGUUUCCGACUUAUAAACAAUUUAAAACUAAAAGAAAUCGAAAAAUGACGAUUUUCUAGGUUCAAAAACACAAGAGUAAAAAAAUCAUUUUGAAAAUUAGGAAGUACCUAAAUUCAAGCUAAAACCUUUUUCUAUCAGAUCCCUGUAAGCAUUUUUUGCAUAUUUUAUUCUAAAACAUUGUUUUUUUUUCAAUUGUUAAUAAAGCUCAUAUGAGAGAAGGGGUAAUCGGGCUGCAUUAACAACUAAAAAUAAUAUUUUAAAAUGAAAUAAUACCAAAUCACUUAUCGGUAUCUAAUACAAUAAGGUUUGAACUUGAAUUAAGGCACUUCGUAGUUUCAAAAUAAUAUUUUUUACUAGUGUUCCUAACUCUAGAAAAUCGUCAUUUUCGAUUUUUUCGGUUUUAAAUUGUUUAUAACUCGGAAACGAUUAACUUUUGAGGAAAAUUACAAAAGAGCUUUUUUUUCCAAUAAUCCAAGGAACCUAAAAGAAUGUACCACCCGGGAGGAAAAAAUGGAUUUUUAUAAUUUGUUAAAAUUUUUUUUAAUAAAUGUAGCAAUAACUCCGAAAUUAUGGCAUUUGGGUAUAGGGACUAUAUCAUGAAAAAUAAUCAGUAUUUCGCAAGAACUUCAAAACGCAAAAAAUAUAUAGGGUGUUUUAUUUAAAAUAAGAAAGUUCAUUAGAUUUACAGAAAAACGGAAUAUUUGACAACAAUGUAAUUACCACUAUAAUAUCGGCCGUAUUAGAACACCCUACCCACCAAAAUUUAUAAAAAUCGUUCAAGCGGUUCCUAAGAAAUUACCGUGUUUCCAUACUUUCUCGCUACCCUGUACAUUGAAAAUGUUAUAAAAACCUUUAAAAGAUGAUCAAAAGUGACGGAGAGUUUUGAACACUCCCAAGAAACGUCAAAAGUUCUAAAAAACGUCUAAAUCGUCGCAUUUUUUAUGAGGUCCGAGGUAUUUGUCAAUUCUUAUUCGUCUUACUACUGAACCGCAUGAUACAAAGCGUUUACUUUCUAAUUAGAAAUACCACAGCGAAGGAAGUGCUAAAAACGGCAACAUUGCUUAUUAUUCCACUUUAGUAUCGUUCGGCAAUGCCCUCUCUUUAACUUUGUAACUGAAAUAUCGUCGCCGCUCAGUCAGAGAAAGUGGGGAAGAGGAAGGCAUUUAUAGUUUAUUUUUUAACCAGGAGGAGUAAACUAAAAAGACAAAUUCACACCCAAGAAAGUCACUAGAAUAAUAACCAAAUACAUCUUCUUUUUUGGUUGAUCUAGUCGGCCCUCAACGGUAAUCCGUAAAUAUUAUUUUAAAUUAAUACGUCGCUAAAGAGUUCCAAAAACAACUGGUUUUUAUAUAAAAGUAGACUAACAAUCUAAAAAUUAAAGGAAUAACACAGAAAUCGCCGAUAUAACUUAAUUAACCUAUGAAAUGUCACUAGUGUCAAAAUUUUAUAACAGUGGAGUAAACUUGCCUGCGGUUGGACCAAUUACAAACAAGCAAUACAGCGCGGUAAAUUUAAAUCACUCCUCUUGGCUAAAAAACAAACCAUAGUACUUAACAAUAACGGUUUAGACGUACUCUGCCGUCCUCAAUUAAAACGCGGUAUCUGCAAAAAAAAAUUGAAAAUCGGGUUUUUGAUAUAUGUGGUUUUCUUGUGACCUUAUGUAUGCUUCUGCAAUGUUUGAAAGCCGUAACUACCGAAAGUACCAAAAUAAACAAAUUGGAAUAUGCCGUAUGUGCUAAAUUUCAAUAGUUGCUUAAUUAAAAUGCGGUAUCUACAGAGUACUCAACUAAAAAGCGGUAUGUGCUAGCGAGUAUCAUGUACUUGUCGCGUUCUAAUUGAGCACAGCGCAUUUACCGCGUUUUUAUCGAGACUCGUGUUACGACCUCGUAUUUUGAACAUUUAUCACAUGUAGAUAUUUUGCGUAUAUGAUAAACAAUCAUAAGCUAUUUAUUUUUCUUUUUUGGUAACUAUUCUUCCUUGUAAAAAAUCAUAUUUGUAAAGAAAAUGUAGAUACGGCACUAUUUCUGAUCCAGUAAUAUGUCCGCUGCUCAAUUAAAACGCGGUAUGACUUUUUAUUUACAGCUUUGAUAAAAACAUUUUUUUUAAGAAUAUAUUUUUAAAUAAUGUUUAACUAUCAUUAGAACAUGUUUUGCAUUAAAAAGUUGUCAAAACAUAUAGAGUCCCGAGAAAAAACUUUGAGAGCCGAUUUCUCGGUUUUAAGUUGACUGCACAUACCGCGUUUUAUUUGAGGACGGCAGUACAUCUUCGAUAAUCGUUUUUAUUACGAAUUCACUGUUCAUUUCUUAAGAUCCCGAAAUUGAUACUCUAUGCCGCCUACACUCUUAAUGUUUACAUGUCUAUAAAUAAUAACGCAUAGCUUAUUGAAUGUGGGAAGCUCACAAUGUUGCCAUUUUAAGUACGUAUAUCUAAUUGAAAACUAAACGCAGUGUAUAUUGCUCCCAAAGCUUUAGUUCUUGUUAUCAGCUAUAAAUUAAUUUUUCAUUUGAUUUUACAAAAGCUUUUAUCUAUAUCACCACAAUAAUUUUCAUUUAUAUUACAUGUCCAUGUACAAAUGUAUAGUAAUCUUCGAUCGCGGAGAGUGAUUUUAUUGUGAAUACAUUACUCUAUUUUUCUAUACAGAGUAUUUUGUUAAUACAAUGGAGAUGCAAGUCAAGAGUUUUGUGACCACAGAAAAUUAUUUUAUGGCAUUUAUUAAUUUGACUCAACAAAGGACAUUUUACUAUGCAUUUAUUAUUUUAAAACAUGAUUUUACAACAAUUAAUCGUUGGGCUGAAAAGUUCGUAGGAUAACAUAGAAAGAAUUUUUUUUUGAUAAAAUUUGAUUUUAUUAUUCAAUAUAGUAAUACCUUCGAGGGCGAUACAAUGAUUAUAGCGGUCAUACGACUUUUCAAUACCAUUUUUAUAAUACAAUUUGUCUUUAGCCUCAGUUUCGGCGAUUACCUCUUCAUUUAUGCUAAAUUUCUUUCCAGCGAGCAUUCUCUUGAGGUCACUGAACAGGUGGUAGUUGCUGAGAGCCAUAUCUGGUGAAUACGGUGGCUGCGGAAGCAAUUCGAAGCCCAAUUCAAGAAAUUUUGCCAUCGUUUUCAUUGAUUUGUGGCAUGGUGCGUUGUCUUGAUGAAAUAGCACUUUCUUUUUCUUCAAUUGGGCCGUUUUUUCGCGAUUUCGUCUUUCAAACGCUCCAAUAAAGCAAUGUAAUAGUCGCUGUUAAUGGUUUCUCCCUUUUCAAGAUAGUCGAUGAAUAUUAUACCAUGUGUAUCCCAAAAUACUGAUGCCAUAACCUUGCCGGCCGACCGUUGCAUUUUUCUACGCUUUGGAGUCGGUUCAUCACGUGCAUUCCACUCGGCAGACUGUCGAUUGGACUCUGGUGUGAAAUGAUGGAGUUGUGCGAUUAAGGAGCUCGCCGUAGCUGGUUCUAUGGUCGAUUCUGGCACACAGAUUUUGGGAACUUCUUCUUUUUAUUUCUCGAAGGACCAGCUGAAUUCAGCAUCUGCAAGGAGUAAUCUUUGCUAGGGAUAAGAAGAGGAUGAUAGGUAAUAAAAACACAAUGUUCAUAAACUAACAUAAAAUAGAUAUAUUGGAAAGUUAAAUUAGUCGGAGAAUAAAUGAGAGAUAGCAGAUUGAUAGUAUAAGUUUAAAUUAUGAGAUUAGUAAGACAGUUUAUCACGCAUAGAGUUUUUCAUAGAACAGCGAACCGUUUCCCGUAAUGGCAACACCGCGAACUUGACGAGAGGUAAUUGAACAAGAUGUACAUAUGACUAUCUUUGUACUUACAGUUGACACUUGGCACUAUCACUUACUGCCUAGCUGAUUAAUUUGCAAUAUAAUUAAUGCCUACAUUAAUUAUAUUGUAAUACUUGAGGUGAAAAUAGACAAAAACUACAAUAUUUAAAGCUUCUGAAAUGCAUUCGACGAAGGUUACAAACAGACUCUCAUAGUUUGUAGUUGGGCAACUUUUAGCUUUGUUGUUUGGCGGGUAUAUGGGUAAAAAACUAGUUUUGAAGGGACAGGUACAAGGUUCUAAUAUGUUGAAAUAUUGAAAAUAUUUGUUCACUGUAGGAGUCAUGUUUCAUCCAUUUUAUUAUAUCUACACAAAAAUUGGGUUUUAUUACGAUUGAAGAGUUUCAAACACUUCUCAGAAUCAUUACUUCAUUGUUGUUUUUGAUCGAUUGUAAGCUCUCGCGGCACCCACUUUGCACAGAGCUUUCGCAUACCCAAAUAUUUAUGCACAAUAUAUCCACCACGUUCCUUUGAUAACUUUAGAGUCUCAGCUACACUACUUCACUUUACGGUCAUCCAAAAUUAUUUUGUGGACUUUUUUGAUGUUUUCGUAGGUAACAUCCUCUUUGGGGCGUCCACUCCGUGCAUCGUCUUCGGUGCUCAUUUCGCCUCGUUUAAACUUAGCAAACCAUUUCUCAACGGUUGAUUUUCCUGGUGCAGAGUCCGAAUAAUUUUAUCAAGUCAAGCUUUGGUUUCAACAGUAUUUUUUUUGCCAAACAGCAAUGCUUUAUUAAGACACGAAAUUCUUUUUUAUAAAUUUUUUGAAACUAACACAAGUUGCUUCGCUCAAAAUGCUAUAUUUCAUAAACUAAUAGUUCGACAGCUGUCAAAUUUAUAAACGCAACUUUUGAAGGUUAGGGCUGACUAAACGUCAUAAUAUGGAUUUAAUACCAGUAGUGCCAUCUAUGUGUCAGCUUACGAACUUUUCAUCCCACCUGUUAAAUCAUAAGACAGAAAAGACUUGGGUAGGGGGAAUAAACUAAGCUCUUUGCAUAAAACUCAACUGAAUGAUAACGGGGACACAUAUUAUAGUUUUGUAACAAAUAGUCCAAGGGGCUAUUUGUUCUAAAACUUAUAGAACAAAUAGUUAGGGGCCAGGGCUGCUGCCCUGGCCCGUAAACUAAGAAAUCAGUUCGACAUAUUGGCAAUUUUAACAUUUUAAUGUCACAAAACUCUCGACUAGUUGAAUAACAGUUACACCAUUAGUGUAAAUAGUUUUUAUAACUCGAAUUUUUUACUUUAGGAAUUUUGAGAGUAGUUGCGCUAGUUUUGUAGUCUUUCCAUAGUAACUAUUUUUAAUGAUUCAUUCAAGAAAUUUUAUAAUUUUCAUUGAGAGUUCUAUAUGUUGCAUGGUCCAGCGGGUAAUAACAAAAAAAAAUCAAAUAUUUUUAUUAAUAAAAAAAGUCAAUAUUUUUAUUGUCAGCAGGUAUUCUUAAUCUCUGGAUACAAACAGGAAAGGCCUGCAGUGAACAUAAACCGGGCUGCUGAUGAUAAUGAUUCUUAAUUUCAUUCCCGCAGCGGGGUAGGGAAAUUAGUCACGACUAAUACCCCUACGGUCAAUAUUAAUAAUCAGCACCAGAAAGGAGAAGCAAUUCAAAUAUCAACAAAAAAAUUCGCCCGCCAAAAAGUGAUAAUAUAGGACUAAAAGGUAUAUGGAGAUCCAAACAAGAUUUCCCCAACCUCCACAAAGUGCGGAAAGGAAUGAACAAUCCGAGACAGCAAAGAAAAGGCCUCCAAAUGUCAACAAAAAAAACCCAACCGCCAAAAAGUGAUAAUCUAGGACUAUAAAAGGUAUGUGGAGGUUCAAAAGAGAUUACCCAAAUGUAGAACCUCCACAAAGUGCGGAAAGGAAUGAAUAAUGAAUUAUUACCCUCUGACGGUAUUAGUCACGAUUAUCACUGCCAAAGCUGGCGGUGCUUAAAUUUACGGCUUUAUUAUUAUUUAUUACACAGUAGCAGUUACUAAAGAAAUAUUUGAACUUUUUCUUAAUUAUUUUUUUGUUAUAUUCGAGUAAUUAUUAAUAAUAAAUUACCUAUCUGGGGAUUCAUUUCUUGGUGUGACUAAUGCUUUGUACGUGGUAAUACUACAGUUUAAUGGUAAAUAAUCAGUUAAGUCACUCCCAAAUUUUGACGGAUCCACUUUUGCAAUCCAUGCCUGAGACAAAAAUUUGACUGCGCGACGAUAACGACCAAUCACGUCAAACGUAGGAUGCCUUUAGCUGUAAUUCAUCUGCGUAAAGGCUCAAAAUUUUUGAUGCGUCGUCACCAAAAUGGAACAUAGAGAACAAAGGAUUUUCGCGGAGUGACUCUACUGACUCUUUGGCAUUAUACGGUGGUAAUACCAAACCAAGGUAAGGUAUUAAAAUAUUUUAGAUAUUGAACACCAUAUCCCGCUUGACUAUGCAUCAAUUGCUACUAAAAAGCAAAAUGGUAGAGAAUAUUUGUGUAUUUUAUAUUAAGUUGAAUGUUUUGUAGACAUGAACUGAAUUUAAAGAUGACAGAAAGAGUAUUCACUAUUUUUUUUAAAGAUUUACCUGCUAAAGUUACCAUUUGUAUAUAUUGUCCACCAUUUUGCAAACAAAUUCUGUGAUUAACGUCUUAUAUUUUUUUCCCUUUAAAUAUACAUAUUUUUAAAAUUAAACCUGUAGCGGGACUCUGUAACUUUUAUAGCGAAAGCGUAAGCGUGAUUUCCGAACGCUUUCAUCAAGUUAUACUCUGUAAACUGCUGUCGGAUGACGUCGGCAACACCGAAUGGAGUUCGGAAGUAAAGCGAAACGUGAUUAUUUGUGGUUUCGUUUCACCACGUUUAGCGCUUAGAGUGACGUAUUAGAAGAAGAAAUUGACAAUUUUACUUGGUUUUGAGGUUGUUUUUUACCACGUUUCGUUUUUUUGGCCGUUGUUGUUUACAAAUACAUAAUAUACUCGAGUUUUCAGUUUUCACAAAUACAUUUUUUUAACAUGGAAAUAUAUAUAAUGUUAUCCAUCAACGGUUGCAAUUCAUUAAAAAGGUAAUGGAAUAAAUCUUUAUUUAAUCUAAACAACUCUACGAAUCGUAAAUCCGGCAAACCAAAAUAAUCACUUCUAUCCCUUAAAAAUCUACCUUCUUCAGGAAUCAGCCGUAACUGAUCCCUACGUUCUUGUUCGUCGAAAAUUAUUAAAUUUAUAGGCAACAUUUUAUUUAAUUUCAACAAUAAACACUUGUUUUUGUUUACCUUAUGCUUUUUUGGAAUUAUUGGCCAUGAGCCGAUGGGUAGAGGGGAUUUGACAGCUUUCUCCAGCGCUGUUAGUGGCAGUUUUGUGCAUUUAUCUGAUUAAUUUAAAUGGCGCGCCAUGGGUAGAGGAGAGGGGGGAUUUGACGGUUUUCGCCACAGCUGUUAGUGCAACGUUGCCACAUUUAGUAGAUUUCUACUUUUUUGGUAGAUUUUUGAUAUUUUUUAAAAAAUUCUAGUAGGAAAUAUUUUUUAGUAGAUUUUUGGUAUAUUUCAACAUUUUCUUAUGACUAAAAUAAAAUUUGCUUUUUAAUAGUAUUUACCCCAUUUCUAAAUUAAUUUUUAGACAUUUUGUUACAAUUUCCCAAUGUCAUUACCGAAAAUAAGAUUCAGGGGUGGGAUUCUGUGUACAAUCGCUAACACCAGGUUUGUUCCAACAUGACCGAGAACCGUCAGGAAACGGUAACGAUCCUGCGCAGUAAAGAAAAUCCGUUCCAACAAAAAUAUGAUCGUCAUCGGAUCGUCCUUCCCACUGUUCCAACAAGAAUUGUGAUCUUUCGGUGACGGUUUCGUGAUGAUCAUUUCAGUAAUCGGGCAAAUGCAUAAUGUGCUGGUUGGACUGACUUGAGCACUAGGAUUUAAUUCUUUAAAUUUUUUGAGCCUUUGAUCGACUAAAAGCACACAAGCUGUCACCAACAAAAAUGACAAAUAUAUGAUUACCGUCAUGGGACGAUAACUGGGCGAUACAAUUACGAACAUGCGCACAACAAACGGUACAAGCAGUUUCGUGACGGUUUUUGGGCCGUCCAAAAGUUCAUGUUGGAACAAACCUACCUCCGACCGCUUUCUAUCAAUGUCAAUAUAUUUGAAUUUUUAGUUUUAAUUCAAAUAUUUUCUUGUUUUACAAGUGUCACUUCAGCAUGAACUAGCAAAACUAGAAAAUAAUUCAAUUAAAACUAAAAAUUCAAAUAUUUUCACGACAAUUGACAUCGAUAGAAAGCGAAGUGUAGAUAUCUACAGUGCACGGAAUCUAGCCCCAGGACGUAGAUGAUGAAUAUUAAACAGAAAUGAAACUGGAUUCUGGUGUAACAAACUUGCAGAUUUCAAGUAGCAGUGCAAUCAGUACCUAUUUCAGGUGUUAUUGAAGAGUUCUGGUAUUCGGUGGUCGGUGAGCCUGUUAGAAGCUAACGAUGGAAAACUAAAAUAUCUAAGGCCCGGUCUUUUCACCACCGAAUAAAAGUUAUUCGGAGGUUAUUUGACAGAUUUACAUGUAAUCUGCCGGAUAAACUUCCUAAUAAAUAUUUAUUCGGAGGUGAAAAGACCGGGACUAAUUAUAAUAUAUGUAACUUUGCAAAACAACAAAUGUUGUGUUUGCGUGUUUCUAAUGUAAAAUGCGAAAUAAUUGUUUGAAGAAUGUGAUCCAGAUAUGCAGAUGUUAAAAUCAGUGGAUGACAAAAUAUUAUAUAUAAAUAUUAAAUAUGAAACUGAUAAAAAUUAAUUAUAGUUGGUCAUUUUGUUCCCCAGUUAAAAUAUAAAAAAGUUUGGUUUUUGUUUACAAACAGUCAUAUUAAUUUCUAGUUAAACUCCCUCUGUGGCUCAGUAGUAAGAGCGCCUACUUUUGGAUCGAAAGGUCCGAAUGGUCGUGAGUUUGAAUUUCACCAGGGUAGAGAAUUUUUCGUUUAUUAUAAAUUAAUAAAUGAAAAUAGUUUCUAUCCUUGGGGGAUCGGUACUAGUGUUGCCAGGUCCGAUUUGUUUUUAAUCGGUACAUAAGCAAAAACAUAUCGGGAUUUAGGGUUGAAAAUCGGGACAAAUAAACAACAAUAGCCCAGUAAAUGAUCCUUUUGGAGUAUACAUAAUUUUCAGAGUCGACUCCGAAUUGCAUGAAAAUCUGGUUUUAGGUUCUACUUACUGUCUACUUUAAAGUUGAACUUGUACCGUUUGUUGCUUUUACUUGGGGGUGACAGUUACAGUUACCCCUUCUCGGGGGUAAAAGAACGCGCGUUUAAAGUAAGUCCCAAAAUGGAUCAACUGACUAACUCUAAAAAACUUUUGUUCUAUAUAAUUUUUAAAUUAAGUCAAUACUUUUCGAGUAAUUUUAUCGACAAAAUAUUCUUAGCAAAAAUGUAGCUUUUAAAAAAGCAAAAAAAAUUGUAUGUUCAGAAAGUCUAUAAAACCAGUAAAAGCAAAGUUGUAGUUCAUCAAAAAUACGUUCUAAUUCGUCAAAUUCCAAAUCGAAUUUUUCAACUUGAAAUAACCAAACAAUUUAGCAAUUUUCGGGCAAAACCUAUUAAAUUUUUUUAAAGAGUUUAAAAAACUCUUUAAUUUUGUUUUAUAUAAAAGUCUCGAGCAUUAAAACUAAGCGAUUUACGCUCAAAAUAAAGUUAUCUCCUUUUUUUGGUAAAGAAAAUCGUGAAAAUCUCCCCCUAUUUAGCACCACCGCUUUAUCAUUUACUUUAUAUGUGUAUUGUUUAUACGAUCUGUAAGGUUUACCGGUUGGGAAUGCUUAGUUUUAAAAAAAAUUGGUUUUAUAGUAAAAAAAAUUUUUCCUAAAAUAUUGGAAAAUGCCUUUUUCAAAAUAACCUAAAAAGUAUUAGGGAUACUAAAAAUCUCAAGGAGUAAGAAGUAGGUAGGUUUUGCUUUUAUAAAUAUGAUGGAUUCAUUUUGUUUUUCUGUAAGACAAAAAUUGGUUAAAAUAUGGCUGUUCAUAAUUUUCAUACACUCGUGAUUAGUGACUCGUUCAAACCCUUUCAAUCAUGUAAAAAAUAUAUAAGUAAAUUGUUUGUAAAGCGGUAACGAUUAAUUUCAUUUGAGGUGCUAAGUAGGGGGAGAUGUUCACGAUUUUUUUACCAAAAAAAAAGGAGUCAACUUGAUUUUGAGCAACUCACUUAGUUUUGAUGUUAGAGACUUUUCUAGAAAUGAAAAUAAAGUUUUAUUAAAAAUGUUAUCAUUGGGUUUUUCCGAAAAGUGCUUAAUUUCUUCGUUAUUUCACGUUGAAAUAUUUGAUUUGGAAUAUGAUGAAUAAGAACGUAUUUUUCAUGAGCUAAAACGUUGCAUUUGCUGGGUUUAUAGACUUUACGAGUUCACAAUUUUUUUCAUUUUUUAUAUUAUGCUACAUUUUUGCUAAGAAUAUUUUUUUCAAUCAAAUACUUACUUUUUGGGUUAUUUGUGAAAAUCGCCUGAAAACGUGAUUUUUUUGUCGAAAAAUACACAUUUUCAAUCGUAAAUAACUCGAAAAGUAUUAAUUAAGUUAAAAUUCUAUAGAACUAAAAUUGCUUAGAACUAGUCAAUUUUUCCAUCUCCGGACUUAUUUUAAACGCGUGGUUUUUCACCCCCAACUAGGGGCGUCUGUCAUCCCCCGAGUAAAAGCAACCAACAGCACAAGCCGUCCAAAUUUUCAUGCAAUUCGGAGUUGAUCCUGAAAAUUACACGGUAUCGCCGUAUUUCCCUUUCAUUUACUGGACUACAAGGUGUUUCUAUAAUCUGUAUUUAAUCCUACAUAAUAAUAAUCAGACGAAAUUACAAAAAAAAAAUCGUAGAUUAAGUAAAUUAUUUAUUUUUUAUUAAAAUUAUAUUUUUCAUUCGAUUUUGCCGUUCUUAGGAGUGCCUUGUUUUUAUAACAUAGUUAUAAAAUUCACUGCAAGUCCUCCUGAAAUUGGUUUUCGUGGGUGAAAAUCGGGACGUUUAGUGUCCCGAUCAGGUACAAAUCGGUACGCGUCCCCAGACACCUGAAAAUCGGGACGUCCCGCGCAAAUCGGGACACCUGGUAACGCUAAUCGGUACCCACCGGAGGGACCGCAGACGUUCGGAUACAAUUAGCGUCUCUGCAAAGACAAUGACAUCGACUUUCCAAAGUAACAAAACACUUACUCAACACACACACUACACAUAAAGUCUACUUUACACUACAUGAUUUAUCACGUGAUUUAUCAUAUGAUUUUGCCCAUGACGAGCCGCAUGACAAUGCUUAUGGCAAAAUCAUAUGACAAAUCACACAGUGUAAACAUGUAAAUUUUACUCCAUGACCAAAUCAUAUGACAAAUCACAUGAUAAAUCAUGUAAUGUAAAGUCGACUUAACACUAGCUACCUAAUUGGUAAAAUCCACUGUACCAUCACCAUGCCAAUGCCCAUUAGUUGUCGAGGCAUUAGCUAAAUAAAAAAAAUUUCUAGUUAGUCAGCUGUUAUUUUUAUUAUAAAAAGUCAUAAAUUAUAUACAAAUAUAUUAAUAAAGUUUUAUAGUAUAUUUUAGUUUUUGAUAAGUAGAUUUUAGUAAGCUAAACUUACAGUAGAUUUUAUAAAUAAAAUGUGGCAACGCUGUGUUAGUGGCAGUUGGCAGUUUUGUUUUGUGCAUUUGAUAAACUUCACAAACUGAAAUGGCGGUUAAUAUGGAUUUUUCAAAAAAGAAAACAAGAUAUUGCAGCUGUUGUAUUGAUUCAUGUAAAAAUAUUGAAUAUAACAGUACUGGAUGCAGUUAUUAUAUUCGGAAACAUUGCGUACAUGUCCUGUAUCAACUAAAUCCUUUCCUUUUUUGGUGUUGCUGAUUGAAAUUGGAUAUCAUGGGAAAUAAUACUGAAUCCAGUAUAAUGUUUAAUAUCCAUUUUGAUAGAAUUCAAACAAAUUACAAUUCAUACAAAUUGCAAAUUUUAAUAAUCAAAGCAGUAAGCACACAAAAAUAAACAGAGGUAACCUUUAAAAUGUUAAAUAAUUCAUAUAAACUUAUUCUUUUUCUCAAUUGUCUCUUGCGUAAGCAGUCAUCCAGUCUCACGAACUUAUAUAUUAAAUAUUAUAAUUAUAAUGAAUAAAAUAAAAAAACAUAAUUAAUUUUACUAUUAAUUCUGUGUAUUCGUUUAGUAAUCAGGUAACAAUAAUAUUUCAGUUCAUAAUUUGUGUCUUUCUAGAUAAGUAUCUAUUUUUCUCGUUUUGUAUAUUUCACAUACAUAAAUUUUAUCAGAAAAGUAUAAGUUUCAAACCGCGAGAUAGCGCUACCGUCGAAACUCACAGCCAAUAGGUUAGUUAAAUCUGUCAAAUGUGUAGAAUCACAUCACAUUUCCACAGGACGGAGUUUAUCUGUGGCAUAGAACAAGACAAUUAUUACAGAACUCUAAAAUCUUGAAACGACGUGCUGUGUUGCCGUUAAUUUUUACCCCAUCUUUCGUUUCAAUUCGGUCCAGUUCGUAGAGUAUUGCGAUAGUAUAGCGAAGCGAAGUCACACAAUACAGAGUACGAUUCGAACUGAACCGUUGCUUUGCUACGCUUCGCUACGACUUGCUUACGCUUUCGCUAUAAAAGUUAUAGAGUCCCACUGCUGCGUUUAUUGUAUUUUAUUUAAAUUUUUCUUUUGUUUCUCAUUCUAAAGAAUACAAACUGAAAAACUU